AUGAGACUACAAUUCCCAUCAGGCGUAGCGGGAGCGGGAUCACGCACGCGCAGACCAGACCCUGGCCCUGUUGCCCAGCCGCGGGGCUUCUUGGAGAAGAAAAUGGCAAUACCGAGGCUGCGGCACGCCGUGAGGACGCUAUUUGAGGUGCUAGCGGCGCUGCGGCCCUUGAGCCGAGCUUGCAGCACGUUCCACGCCUUCACCGACGUGCUCAGGCUGCCUAAGAGACAAAUGACGAAGCUCGUGUUCCCACUGCGGGAACUCGAGCGGCAGCUCACACCAGACUCGAGGUUGGACCUUCACGUGAAGAUCUUCGACCCGAGCCUGGAGGACAUCUCCAAGGCGGAGGCCGUCUUCACGGCCACGUCCCGGAACCGCAUCAGCUACCUCAGCUCCGCCGUGCGUCUCGACCACGCCCCAGACCUCCCCAGCCCUGAGGUGUGUUUUAUAGGCAGAAGCAAUGUUGGAAAAUCCUCUCUAAUAAAAGCCCUUUUUUCACUGGCGCCAGAGGUUGAAGUCAGAGUCUCCAAAAAACCGGGGCACACAAAGAAGAUGAAUUUUUUCAAAGUUGGAAAAUAUUUUACAUUGGUGGACAUGCCAGGUUAUGGCUAUAGAGCUCCUGAAGAUUUUGUUGACAUGGUAGAGACCUAUCUAAAAGAACGAAGGAAUUUGAUGAGAACAUUUUUGUUAGUGGAUAGUGUUGUUGGAAUUCAAAAAACCGACAGUAUUGCCAUAGAAAUGUGUGAAGAAUUUGCAUUACCUUAUGUGAUGGUAUUAACAAAAAUUGACAAAUCUUCCAAGGGACAUCUUUUAAAACAAGUGCUUCAGAUCCAGAAAUUUGUUGACAGAGAGACACAAGGAUGUUUUCCUCAGUUGUUUCCUGUAAGUUCUGUGACCUAUUCUGGAAUCCAUCUGUUGAGAUGCUUUAUAGCAAAUAUAACAGGAAAUCUUAAGACUGAUGGCCUGUAGUUUAGCUGAAGAUUCAAAAUUCUCUAUGCCAACUGGAGUUUUGAACAUCAAUAAUUUCAACAUUUUUUUAUAUUAAAUAUAAUUUAUUGUCAAAUUGGUUUCCAUAUAACACCCAGUGCUCAUGCCAACAGGUGCCCUCCUCAGUGCCCAUCACCCACUUUCCCCCCUCCCCCACCCCCCAUCAGCCCUCAGUUUUGUUCUCAGUAUUUAAGAGUCUCUUAUGGUUUGCCUCCUUCCCUCUCUGUAACUUUUUUUCCCCCCUUCCCUUCCCCCAUGGUCUUCUGUUAAGUUUCUCAGGAUCCACAUAUGAGUGAAAACAUAUAUCUGUCUUUCUCUGCCUGACUUAUUUCACUUAGCAUAAUACUCUCCAAUUCCAUCCACGUUGCUGGCCAGAUUUCAUUCUUUCUCAUUGCCAAGUAGUAUUCCAUUGUAUAUAUAAACCACAUCUUCUUUAUCCAUUUGUCCGUUGAUGGACAUUUAGGCUCUUUCCAUAAUUUGGCUAUUGUUUAAAGUGCUGCUAUAAACAUUGGGGUACAAGUGCCCCUGUGCAUCAGCACUCCUGUAUCCCUCAGGUAAAUUCCUAGCAGUGCUAUUGUUGGGUCAUAGGGUAGAUCUAUUUUUAAUUUUUCAACAUUUUUUUUUAAUGUUUUGUUUUUGGGAGAGAGACAGAGAGACAGAGUGUGAGCAGGGAAAGGGCAGAGAGAGAGGGAGACACAGAAUUUGAAGCAGGCUCCAGGCUCUGAGCUGUCAGCACAGAGCCUGAUGUGGGGCUCAAACUCUUGAACCUCAUGAUCAUGACCUGAGCUGAAGUUGGAAGCUUAAACAACUGAGCCACCCACGUGCCCUUCAACAUUAUUUUAAAUGUUGUGUGUCUGUAAUUUGCAGAAGGAUCAUUUCAGCUAUAAAACUUGCAUCUUCCCAAAGCAAGUAUGAAUUUGUGCUUGGGGGAAAAUGUUUAUAAAUAAUUUAAUUAUGCUGUUCAUUAGAACAAAUAGUGUUCUAUUUUAACAGUUCCUAUUUUAACAGGGCUCCUGUUUUAACAGACUGACAAACAAGAGCACAUAGAAGUCCAUAAUAUGGAAACCUAUUUACUACUGUGUAGAGAAUGGUUUGCCGUGUUUUUAUUGGGCUUUUGUCUUUUAAAGACAAUGUCUAUUACCUACAUUUAAAUAAUAAAAUGGACUAGGUUAAAAGGGGCUACUUUUCUAUUAAGCACUAUUGGUAGAUGGAAGACCAUUCCUCUCUCUAUGCUUAUAAGUUAUCUUUUUUCUUAGACUUUGUAUAUAUUCUUGAUAAAAUCUCAGUCCAUGCUCAAACACCAGUCAUUUCAGGCUGGGAUCAUUCACCUUCAGGUGAGCACAGUAUUCAGAAUCAGAAGACCAGAAUUCAAGUUUCAGUUCUAAUAUUUAUUACAUUGGGCUAUAGGCAUGUUACUUGCUUUCUCUGCACUUAAUUUAUAAUUCACAAAGCUAUAAAGAUUACAAUGGUAUUAUAUGUGUAAAGGAUAUCUUUAUGUUUUGUGUAUUUGUAAAGUAAACCAACCCAAGAAUACAGCAAAAUUCAGAUUUAUCACAGAAAACCUGUUGUCAUUGAGGAGAUAACAUUUUCUCUAGUAAAAGGCAAAAAACAAAACCAGUUUUAAGUGAGAAAACUGAUAUUUACAAAAGGCAAGAGAAAAAAGUUAAUGAGACAGUUUAGAAUUGGUACAGUAAGAUUCAGAAUGGAAAGAUAAAGCGUGAACAGAAAAGGUUUUUAUGAAGAUGCUAUGGACCUAUUCAUGUAAAUGGCUUAGCUUUUCAAAGUGAGGCUGAGUAUUAAAAGACUACAGCAAUAGCACUGGAUAAAAACUUAAGGCUGUAAACAACUUUGUGACUUUUUUAGGAAAUUUAGUAUUUUCAGUUUUACAGUUGAUAGCACUGGUUUAUUCUAAAAGCGGUGUUUUAAGCUAAAAACAAAAACAAAAAUAAUUGUAUGCAAGCAUUCACAAAGUAAAACAUAUGGUGACAAUAGAAUGAUCUUAGAAGUCGACAUUUUGCUUGCCAGUGUCACUGUACUGCUUGUCUUAGCCUUUGUUCUCCUAAAAGGAGAGCCCAAGACAAAAGUUUGCAUGCAGUCAUUUAUUUGGGAAGUGAUCCCAGGGAACGGGAGCAAUAGAGAGAGCAAACAGAAGAAAGGAAAAUCAAUCAAGGAUGCAGGAGUUGGACAUCACAUAAGUACUAGUGCUUGAUCUUGAUGGACCUUCUUUGGAGCCUUAUGAAAUGUGCCUCUGAGUUGUCUUUGAAGUGGGAGAAGGUGGCUCCAUGCCUCUUCCAACUUGUGGGUGCCCAGUGCCAAGAAGUUCCUUCAGCUUGUCAGAAGGAGCAGAGAGGAGGUGAAGUGUGGUUAUCCACUCCUACUGUAAACUGUUGCCACAGCAGUGGCCAAAGGAAGAAGGCCAAGAGGAUUUGGCAUGGGAGAUCUCAGCACAGUGCUAUCAGGAACGACCUAUUAUAAAUGCUAACAGAACAGUAAAAUUGAUAUUCACUCUGAUGACACUAACAGUAGUUUCUAACCUAGUUUACUAGAAAGUUGUAGUUUGUAUAUUUUAGAUUUAAUUAUAUUAUUAUAUAUAUUAGAUUUCAUUUUCAUUAGAAUUUUAAAUUGUUUGGAAAGAUUAACAUCUAGAAUACUGCAUUUCUUACAAAUAUGUAUAAAUUAUCACAUUGUAGACACAUGUGAGGCUUUUUUACUAUUUCCCCCAGAAUUCUAAGGAUCAAGAGAGGGGGAAAGGGAGGAGAUGAAGAAUCUUACUCCAAAGAAACAUUAAUGAAGUACAGAAAAGUGUUAGGCCUGUAGUCCAAUCCAGGCUUUAUAGUGUUAUCUCCUUAACUCACUGAACACUGGUUUUUCCAAUAAGGGAUAAUCUCCAAAGUCUCUUUCAACUGUAAAAGUUUAUGCUUCUUGAACAAUAAUGCCACUUCAGAUGAAGCAAUUCAAGCCCAGGGAAACUAACUCAUUGGAGUCAUAAACGAAUAAAAGCAGAAGCAAGACUGGCCCUUAAAUCUUAGAAUCAUAGAAGCUGAUGGCUAUUUUUAGACUUGUCCUGAAUGAGUAUUAUCCAUGUUUUAAGGUACUAAGUAGCUACUACCACUCUGUAGGAAUCCAAGAAAAAUAUAUACAAUGAAAAAGGACUAGAAAUUUAUUAAGAACUUUGAAUUAAAUCAGGAUAUUUAGCAAGGCUCCAGGAAAGAAGCUAAAGCAGUGUUUAACUGCUUUGCAGGCUGUGUGCAUCAAAAUCACCUGAGCUCCUUGCUAAAAAUGCAGGCUUCUGUCCCCAGCCCCUGGCUGUGUUUAUCAGUCUUUCAGAAGGGAAUCCACAUUUUUAAACCACCCACCAAGUGAUUCUCAAAACAGCCUCAAGUAGGAGAACCACUAGUGUAGACAAGUGGGAAAAUGUGCAAAAAAACAAUAGGGCUAGAUAAGGAGUGGAAAGGAAAUAAAAUGAAGAUGGCCGAGGAAAAGAAGGAUGCGGUAUAUAUGAGGGCACUGUUUUAUUUUUCUCUACAUCCAUAUAUAACAUAAAACUUAAGGCUACAACCUACUUAACAAAUAGAAUAGUACUGACCUAAUUUUAGUAAACUAGAACACUUGAAAAAUACAUCAAACCUUGUAUCAUUGAAAACACGUAAGAUUUAUCCUCUCUGAGCAAUGGUACAAACAGUAUACAACUAUCAGAUGACAGCAUCAGCACCAAAUUAUAAAUUUAUGUGUGGCCUCACC